GAAGCAACAGCUAUUCACACACGACGUCUCUACCUCUUCUCGUAUUCGCACUUUGACCUUGAUCACGACAACUCGUCGGAACCUGAGCUCCGAUUCACGCAGUAGCAGGACAUCCUCCAUCCCAGAUCUGACUGCUAGUCGACGCUUACAGGCCAGCGGUGAUCUGCUUCAUCAUAGCAAACGGCUUCCACUCUCCCUUGGACAACAUCUGCCUCUCAGUAUCACCUUAACACCAUAGACCCUUCACUUUCCACCGACCCUCUUCUGCUUCUCUAGCGAGUUCCAAGCAUGGCGCAGCCGGGUCCCUCUUCAGGUCUCUCACAACGUCGCAGAGGCGGUGCAGGUGGUUCCACUAGUGCAGCCUCUCCCUACGCCAGCAACGGAGACGACUAUUCUGAUCUUGCUGGUGGUCGAUCCUCUCCUGCUCCCGCUAGUGGCUCAGGUCUCAAACAUCGAACUGCUACCAAUUCACCAGCUGGGUUAAGAAACGCGACUGGAGGAGCUAGCAGUACCCUUAGUGGUGCAGCAGAUGGAGCUGGUCACUCUCACCGCAUCGCCUACGACCCUCGCGAUCUCAAGGACGAAGAUGAGGAGUCUCUCCACCCCCGUCUGACUUUGAUGGAAGAAAUCCUCCUCCUGGGUCUCAAAGACCGGCAAGGCUACCUGAGCUUCUGGAACGACUCCAUCUCCUACUCUCUCCGUGGUUGCAUCAUCCUUGAGCUUGUAAUGAGGAGGAGAUUGGGAGUUGUGAAAGAUCCGAGGAGGGGAACGAUGGAGGUUAGCGAGCGGUUGUUGGAGGUGGUGAGCGCAAAGAUGACCGGAGAGGUAUUGCUGGAUGAGGCCUUGAAGUUGAUCAAGAGCAGUGAGGAGAAGAGGAGCAUCGUGGAGUGGAUUGAUCUGCUGAGUGGAGAGACGUGGAACCUCUCCAAGAUUGGCUACCAGCUCAAGCAAGUGCGGGAGCGUCUAGCCAAAGGUCUAGUAGACAAGGGCAUUCUGCGUACCGAGAAGCGCAACUUUCUCCUUUUUGACAUGGCCACUCAUCCAGUCGCAGACGCUACAGCCAAAAAGGAGACGCUACGUCGUGUAGAGGCCCUCUCCUGCGGGUCUUCAUCACGCCUGCCUCCACGCAUCUAUCAAGAGGGCGAAUCGAUAGCCUAUCCUGCCACUCGCGCUCUCCUCCUCGUCUGUAGCGCCUUUGCUGCAAAUGUCCUAGACAACGCUCUCUUGCACCUCACCUACGAGGCUCGUGAAGCUACCUUUCAGAAGAUUGAAGAUUGGUUAGAGGUCUUUGGACAGUGGCCAAUGGCACCCAAGCAUGGCGGAAUCUCCGGUGGAGCAGGACCUGCUAUACCCGUCUCCUUCUCCAGCGCGGACGGUGCAGGGGGCAGUGCCGCCUCAUCAACCAGACGGACUCGUCGCGCUGGAGCGGGCGGUGGGCCACGCAUCGCCGAAGGUAGUGUUCUUCCCGAUCCAGCCGAUGCGCUUGGAGCAGGUGGUGGUGGUGGUGGUCAUCCAGGUCCUCUUGGAGCUGCAAACAUGAUUGUUGAUCCAGAAAAGAUUGGAGUGGCUACCAAUGAAUUGGUGAGAGCAAUGCGUAUUGAAGCUGCAGGAGCACCAGAGGGGACUUACGAGGCAGUUGCGGGUGUACUGGCUGUACUCGGAAGGAUGGACAGUCUGCUAUGAGCCGCUCAGGUAUAACUUCAGGUGGGCAGAGGGACAGCAAAGAAGAGGAAGAGGGGUGACAGGGGGGGAUGAAGCCUCAAGCUUGAGAGGAGCCCCGAUCAGAAGUGUCCCUGCGGUCCAGCUACAACAAAGGACAAGGCAGAAGGGGGAAAUUUACAACAAUGCAUAUAGUGUCUCAUCUCAUCUCAUCUCAUCCAUCGCCGUCCAACUCAACGUGCAGACGCUCAUCAGCGUACCAGCGUACCAGUGCUAUCUUCCAACCUUCCUUCC